ACGGCAUGCUGGGAGAAAUUGCAAAUGGCCGCUGACUGACUUCAUGACAGGUUGCCGAUUAACGUAAAACAAGACAAAUUUCUGUCCUGAAGACUACCUGUUAUUGUGAAGAGAGAAAGGUGAAAAAAGGUAUUACAAUAAAGUAACACUCUGGAAAUGGCUACAAUGGAGAAUGGCGUGUCCCCUCCAAGCGAACUCCAUUUUGUCGACCAUGUGGAAAGAAAGCUUCUAAGUCCUGACAGAGAGGUCAUAAGUCCAACCAAAUCACCAGACAAACCCUUCUCCACAGUAAAGGAUGUCAAGAAUGCCAAGGAUGGUAUUGAAAAAGUUGUUAAUACGAGUGACAGUGGGCUAGAUUCAUCAAAUACUAGUUCUGAAGAUACACAUGAGGUAGAAAAUAACAGUUUUAUUGAUAGGCAGGAGAGUUACACUAAAACCGAUGAACCUGAAAAGAUAACAUCUCCUAAUAAAUCUAACAAUAGUUCUUUGCAAUUCCAAGAUUCAGAAGCUAGAAGUCUGGAUGCUGCUAACAACAAUAGUGAAGCUGGGCUUGAUACACUUGCUGGUGAGGUUGAUGUAGACAAAAUGGAAAAUGAUGUUUACCUUGGUAAAGAAGUUGAUUUGCAUGAGAGGAGGUUAAGAGAUGAAAACAAACUGAAUAAUAAUGAAAUAGACAUCAAUGCAAUGUCCUCUGACGCAAAAGCUGACUCAAUGGAUCUGUAUUGGUAUUCUAAUACAUUAGAUCUGGAUACUGCGGAGUUAGAGGCUUUCAAAAAUUCAGACAAUGGAACUUUUACAUCGGCUGUUCAGCUUACAGUUGGAAAUGGUUACUAUGAAGCUAAACAAAAGGGUGAGGAAAAGGAGUCGAAAAGGAAUGAUGAGACAAAAGGUCAAGAAAUGAAUAUAAAAACAACUAGUCAAAAAGAUGUCACUUUCCAGAAAGAUUGGUCUCCUGCUUUUGAAUCUGCAUCAAGCAGAAUACUAGGUUUGGCAUCUGAAAUGAGUUCUGAGCCAAAGACAAAGAAGAAUAGGGAUAAUGCAUCAAUAAAAAAUGGAAACAAAUCAGAAAAUCAUCCAUGGGGGCUUGAACCAGAAAAUAAGUUGAUGGAAAAGAAAAUAGCUGAAAGUAAAACAGAAUUACCUGACAUCGAAUGUGUCCAGUCUUCUGAAAUGAAAGCAAAACUGAUGAACCAGUAUCACUCAGAGGCAUCUAUAAAUUUGAACCCUAGAGAUGAUGUUGAUUCCAUUGCAUUGAUGGAUGAAAAGAAAUCUGUAACAUCAGUUGUCAAAGUCACAACCCUGAAGUCUUUCAAGGAUAUUGACAUUGGAAAAGGUGAGGAAGGAGGACUAGCAGACCAAGAGCAUGGAAAGGAGGAAUUUGAAGAUGAUGCUAUAGGAUAUAUGGAACUAGCAGACAGGCCUCAGCAAGUCCAAGAUACAAUAACAAUGACAAAACAGGUUACACUUGAAACAGCUGUUGCUGUGCAGGAUGGUAAUUACCGUACAGAAACUGGUGACUCAUUUAAAGUAAUGUCUCAAAAACUUAUUGAGACAACAGAUGAAGCAGAUGCUGUAGGAUACAUGGAAAUGAAAGAUAAACCAGUGGAAGAAGUUCUGAAAUCAUCUGAACAUGGAUCGCUUGAAUCCUCUGUAGGAACGGCUACUAUAUCUUCAGAUAAGGAGAUAUCUCUUAAUACAAGUGUUCAAAGUCAGACCAUCACAGCUGUUAAAAUAGAUGCUGGUGUGAAAAAUGUUGCACUGGCUGAAGGGUUUGACACUCCAGAUGGUGAAAAGAAAAGUGAAAAAAAUGCUAAAAAGAAGCAAAAGAAAGCUCAAGCUAGAAAGAGACAAGCUGAAGCUAAAGUCAAAGCUGUUUUUGAGCCAUUUACUGUUAAAAGAACCUACGUAAGUUCUGAAGAGUCAGAGGAGAAUGUACAAAAGAAAGGUGGCAUCUUCAUUGAAACAGAAACAUUGGUUGAUGAAUAUCUUGAUGAUGAAGAUUAUUCACUAAUCUUAAACGAUUGCUGGUUGAGACUUAGAAAUAAGAAAUUUGAGAUGAAAGUAAAUGCUGCCUUUGGCUAUGGGAAGACCCGACCUGGAAGUUUUCUUAACAAUGAGAAUGAAAUUAAAGAACUGCUUUUGAACAAAUAUUCUGAAAAGUUGGAACAAAAGAGAAAAGUAUCCGAACGACACCUGGAUGUUUUAAUUGACACAUUAGGUCUGGAAGAAUUUGCUACAUUUGAAACCACUAGAGCAAGGUACCAGGUUGGGAACUUCAUGGUGACGUCGGAGCUUUCCAACAUGGGGUUCCAUGUAGGCGAAAUUGAGGUGAUUGUCAACAGCCCACAAGAGUUUGCUGGUGUUCUGGACAAGAUGGAGAUGUUGGCAGCUGAAAUUGGGUUCCGGCCAUUACAGAGUGCCUGAAACAUGGAUAGGUCAAAGUUGAGGCUUGGACCAUAGGGGACGUUGGUAGCGCCAACCUGUAGAGGCUUGAAGAACAAUACAGCUGAUGGUCAAGAUCACCUUCUGUACCAUACCGUUUCUGGCCAGAAACGGAUGAAUAUUCCAUUGCUUGCUGUCCUCAUUUGCCAUCAGAAGAGCCCCUAAAAUUAGUGUUCAUCACAGCACUUGUAGCCUGAAGUCACCAGCCUCAUUUUAGCAAAACAAAUAUUUAAUAGACUCUGCAUAAAAUUGAAUUUAUGAUAAAAAAAUUAUGUCAGUUAUAACCAAUAUUCCAUAAAAUAUCAAAAUUUGGCCCAAAAUCAUGUGAUUGGACAGAUUUUAGAGAUUAUUCUUGAUGUUAAUUUUGUUAUUAAUUGUUUUUGUUUUUUUCAUUGAGUUGCCUAUCCUAUUGUUACUUCUUGCCAUAUUCAUGUAUAAACAAAUUAUACCUGCUUAAGCAUAUUGUAGACAACUUCGUAAUGCUUUUUAGUUUUCAUAAAUGUGAACUGGAGCCUUAUAACAGUAGUAUUUCAAGAAGUUAUAUUUCAUGAAAAAAUCUACUUCUUUUAAAUUUUGUCUAUAUUUUAAAUGCAAAAUAUAUGAUUAAGCUUUAUACUUUCUACCAGUGUAAAAAAAAGGAAUUUGUUUAAUUUAAGGAAUAGGUAUAAUUUGAACUAUAAGUAUUGUGAUGCUUCUGUCAUAUGACCCGGGUUGUUAAGAUUGAGAAAAAAUCCAUUUCUUAUGUUUAACUUAGAGACCAAAAGUUUGUAACCAGUUUGAGAUAUUAAAGCUGCACUCUCACAGAUUUACUGUUUUUUACAACUUUCUUAUUUUUUGUCUUGGAAAGAGCAAAUUUUUUUUUUUACUAGCAGUUUAAGAAAAAUUCAAAAAAACAUCAAUUUUUUAACUUAAAUGUAAAAAUCUGCAAUCAAUUUUUUGUCAGCAGUCUUAUAUAACUGGUUUCCAUACAUUUUUGCAAAAACUGGCUCGUUCGAAGACAAAAAAAAAGUUGUCAAAACAUUCAAUCUGUGAGAGUGCAGCUUGAAAUAUUACUUUGACCUGCAUGCAGAUUUUGAAGCUGUAGAAAUAGUUACUUUGCCAAAUAAAAAUUAUAUACAUUAGGCUCGGAACAGGGUUUAGAUUUUUAAAUUUCUUACUGAUGGGCUUGUCCCUGUAGUUUUUGAUUGUAUUAUUGUAGUCAUGUUACCAUGGUAUUAAUAUUUUGUUGCUGUUAAGGUACGUUUUUUAUUUAAUACCAGCAUUGACAUGAAAGAAUACAUUUUUUUAUAAAUAAUCACUCGUAUUCUGAAAAGACAUGAUGAAAUUAUGCUUUAAAAGAAUGGAACUUUAAUACUUGCGAUUAUUGAAAAUAAUGUUAGACAUGGCGGCACAUUGUUUGAGAAUAUAGUGUUUGUUAACCAUGGGGAAUAUAGUUUUUGUUAACCAUUAGGAAUAUAGUGUUUGUUAACAAUUGUAAAUAAAGUGUUUGUUAACCUUAGGGAAUAUAGUGUUUGUUAACCUUAGGGAAUAAAGGAAUUUAAUUAAGUGUUUCUUAACCUUUCGAAUAACCAUGUUCAAAUUGAUUCUGCACAUUCAGUGGCCAUUUCAGAUUCAAUUCUAGUUAAUAUUUAUGUUCAUUAUCUCUUAUUUCGUUGUAAUCUCGUUCUGCAUAAUAUUUAGUUAAAUAUUUAUUAAAAUUCACUGCUGCGCAUUGAUGGAUCUUUCUUUGCAAUCUCUCUCUGCAUAAUAUUUACUUAAAAUAUUUAUUAAAAUUCACUGUUUUUCAUCGAUGGAUCUCGUAAAAAUGCUUGUUCUUUCAGACUUAAAUAUGUUAUAUUUCUGAAAUUUAUGGAAUUACUGGCUAUUUUAUUAUGUUUUACACUCUGUAAAUUGUUAUAAAGAUUUACUCAUUCUCUGUAACAGAUUUCCAUACAUGGAAAAAGUUUGAAUAAUAACCAAAUAUUGAUUCACUUAUGUCUGGGGCUCUUGGUAAAUUGCAUUUUCGUAUAUACUUGCUUCAUGAUUAUCUAUUGUUAUGUUGUAAAAAAUGAAUUGAUGUGCUUAUAUGGGUAUGAUUUUAACAACUGUAUUUAUAUUAUUCCUGUGCUGAUUUUUAGCAUGUCUGUUUUUCGAAGAAGAAAGGUGUCGUAGUUUCAUUGCCUUGGUGUCUUUGUUGUCGGUGUCGUUGUGUGAAAACCAUAACUCAAAAAACAUUUAAGAUGAUCAAAUAAAGCUUAGUUUAAACUUAUAUAUCGUACAACGAUUGUGAAGAAAAUUUUAUUGACUUACACUUAGUCACACUCGUUGGCACGAUGUUGCACGAGAGUGUGGUCUUGUGUCAUGAAGGAAAAACACUUGAGAACCAAAUAAACUCACAAAUCAAGUUACACUAGUUGCCAGAAAAUAGUUAACACAUGUGUAGCAAGGAAUACAGCUCUUGCCUUUAAUAAUUGUGAAGUAUGCCCUGUUUUUCACUAAAAACAACUGCCGAGCAUUGAUGUUGGCUUUAAGGCAUUUUUUUCUCUAUAUUGCUUGAUGUCCAUUAUAUAGAUGAUAAGUGUUGCAAACUUAUGUAAUCGACCUUUGUUAAGAAAAAUUCAUCUUUAUGAACAGAAUUUAUUAAUUUUCUUAUUUUUUUAUUUUUUAAUAAGAUUUUUCAUUCAUCUUUUUCUUUUGUAUAAUUUUUAAGCUACAUGCAUUUGUUUAGAAUUACAUAUACAUGUAUGUAUAUAAACAUGAUGAUUUUGUUCAAAUUUAUUAGAUUUUGUGAACAUGUUUUUGAGAUGUUGAAUAUUAUAUGAACUCUAUAUUGUAAAUAUUGUUUAUGUUAAACUUUUAACCCAACUCACCUGGCGAGUUUUGAGUUGAGUCAAAUGUACAUUGUGCUUUGCUGGCAUUACCCUCUAUUUCUGUGAUCAUUAUAACCAUUUCUAAAACAAGUAUCGAUGUUUAAGGAAAUUUUCAUAUUGUAAUGUUACAAGUGUUUGAAAGGAAAAACAGAGUUUUGAGUUGGAUUUUUGUUUUCUGAACUUUAUUUAUUCAAGCUCUCUUAUUAUAGUAAAAAUAUGAACUGCAUCAAGUAGAAAUAGGUGUUCUUAGGGCCAGUCGUUCACAACUUUGUCAAAGUUCACAACGUUGUUAACAACGUCGUUGUUAACUUCAAAAGGUGAACUAUUUUGUAACAUGCUCAAAUAUUUAUGUAAAAUAUGUUCAGCUGACUAACAGGUAUCUUGAAAAUUCUAAGAAAUGCUGCAGACCACAAAUGUGAACAUUCUAGUUACAGAGCAUUAAAGAUUUUAAAGUUAACAACGAUAAUGUUAACACAGUGUUCUCAAUAAGAACCGGCUGCCGGCCAAAAUGGACGUUUCAAAUGGCAAUUGGGCCGGUUGAAAUUUGGAAUACUAAAUGAAUUUUAAAUAGAAUUAGUAGAAGCUGGUCGGUUACUUUACUCUUUGAGACGGUUCAACUGAAACUUAUUGAGAACCCUGUAACACCGUUGUUUAACUUUAAAAAGGUUCUGAACAAUGGGGCCUCUGCAAUAUGACGAAAGUGGGAAAUAUGACAUCACAGUUUACUGUGGCUAAAUAAAGAAUGGUGGAGCCCGUAGUUAAACAUUUCUUUUAAGAUCCAUGAUACUUUUAAAAGUAGUUUACCCUUCUUUGUGAAUAAUUCUCUCAAAUAUGAUGCCGAAAACUGGUAUUUAAAAAAUCUACUAAAAUACCCAUUUUGGCUUGUCAUGUGGUUCAUUAUUUUAUGUAAAAUAACAUGUGCUGUAUUAAUAUAAUGCCAUUGGAUGUCUGUUUUGUACCAAGUUUUUUUUUAAGUGUAUGCACUUUAAUUGUGGACCACUGAGAAUGGAGUUUUAUUUGUUUUAUUCUAAAUAAUGCUUGAUUGCUAUCAAUAUAUUUUCUAAAAUGAAUGGAGUGACAAAGUUUUGUUUUUAUGAUUCUUUAAGUAAAUGUAAUUGACAACAGUUUGAGGGAUUGGUGAGACUCGAGCCUGUGAUAAAAUGUCCCUUGAGGAUAGAAAUCCGGAGCAUUCCCGACUGAGCUAUCAAGAAUUUCAUGAUCGGCUAUUGAAAAGUUUGCUUUAAAUGUCUUUCUAAUGGCAUUGGCUUGGAAGUGGGCUGUGACACAGAAAUUUGAAUAAUUUUUUUUUUAAUUGGUCCACAAGUAAUUGCCUCCACUUGACAUGAUAGAAUGUCUAUAUUAGUAACAUUUUAUAAUAAGAUAUAGAAGGCUUUGUUCAGGCUGCACAAAAAAGUAGAAUUUACAUACAUACAUAUGUAUAUAUAUGAGUUCGAGACUGGCAAAAAUUUGUCGAGCCAUCUGGUAAAAUUUUGUAUGAACAUAUAUUACAAAGAAAUCAGUCCUUUGAUCCAGUUUAGCCAACGAGGAAAUCAACCCAAGCGAUUUUAAGCCAAAAGUGUUUGACUGUAUAACAUAUUUCAUUCACUUUGUUCUCUUAUAUUUUCUGUAGAAUGUUUGAACUAUACACUAUGACAGAAUAUAUAUUUGUAAUCCCAGUUCUUUUUCUUCGUCUUAUAAUUUUAGUAUGUGUUUUGGAUAGGUAUAAAUUGUUCACUGUAUUGAUAUUAUUGUAGUUAUCAUAAGAGCUUCAAAGGCUGAACUUAUGUUUUGGGCAUUUUUUAAGAAUAACCUAGCUACUAGCUUCUAGCCUCUAAUGCCAUCAUCCAGUUAUUUUUUUUUGCAUUGUAUAACCAUAUAAUUAUAUGUUUAUAUGUUCUUGCAUGUUUAAUGAAAGGUAUUUGCGCAUUUCUUAAUUCAGCAAAAUGUUAUCCUAUAAAAAGAUGACAGUCAAAUAAUAAUCUUUAUUCAUGAAAAAUAUUUGAUAUUUCAAGACUAUUAUACAUGUAUGUAUGGCUUUUCAUCUUCCAACCAUUUUAUCCCCCGGUGUUAAAUAAUAAAAAAAUGUAUGAUGGACAGGAAUGGUAUCUGAUGAUAAUAUUGUUAUUAACCAUAGAAUACUCUCUUCCAUUUAAUAUUGUUUGAGUUUCUUAUCGUGUUUUCACCAUAAAAUGAUAUUUUUUAUAAACCAGAAUACUUUUCAAGUUUCUCUUUGUGCCAUUUAAUACGGCUGCUGAAAUCUAAAUCUAAUCAUAGAAUAUGCUUGUAAAUGAAUUGUCUGGUAAGCACAGUGGUUAAGCACACUUGCGUCUCACCAAUGCGAUCUGGUUUUGAUUCCUGGCCGGAUGCAUUUAAGUUUGGUUGGUGGUCACCAAGUGGGGGGGACAAGUGGAUAUUCUCUGGGUUCUCCGCUUUCCACCACAUUACAAGACAUGACACUCUUGUGCAACAUCGUGCCAACGAGAGGGACUUAGUAUAAGUUAUCAUAACUUUCUUCCCAAUCUUUGUGAGAAUAAAAUAAGUUUAAACUAAAAACAAAUUCUGUCUCAUAUGUGUUUUCCGUUAUCAAGUCCUAGCAUGAAAUGCGUGAUAUUUGAACAAGUUCGCUUCGAGUAUAACUGAUCAUUUUGGUGCUAAAAAUGUGUUAAUGUGUUACUGUUAGACAGAGAACACUAAAACAAAUGAGUAUUUUGAGCAUUGUAUGAUCUGGAUUGAUUGCGAGUAUGCAUUAAUGUAAUUGCUAUAUUCAAAGUUUUCCAUGUUAUAAAUCCAGUUUACAAUUUUGUCUGGUUUUUCGUCCCCAGGGUCCAAUUUAGGUAGAUAUUGCAUUGGUCUUAAUUCCAUAGAAGAAUAUUGAUUGUUUAAGAAUAUAUCUUUAUUAUAGAAGAAACUUGAUCGACAUAAAGAUAUAUGUUUGGUUUGUUUUCAUUUCCGCAGAUUAAUUGUUUUCAGCAGAUUGUUGAUGUUUGUGGAAACUAGACGAGUCAGUUUGAUUGUUCCAAUAUUUCACUUUUAAAAAUAGUUAGUAGUCCAUAAAUUAGACAGUAUAAUUUUAAAUACAAACGCUUGAAAAUAUUAAUUUGAUUUUGAGCUAGUGUAUCAGUUAUUUUGUAGGAAGAAUUAGACAAUACAAUUCUAAUUACAAGCGCUUAAUUUUUUUUAUUUGAUUUAAAACUUAUAUUUCAGUACUUCUGUAGGAAAAAAUAGACAUAAUUUUAAUUACAAGCGCUUGAAAAGAUUAAUUUGAUUUUAAGCUUAUAUUUCAGUACUUUUGUAGGAAAGAAAAGACAUAAUUUUAAUUCCAAGUGCUUAUAAACAUUAAUUUGAUUUUGAGUUUAUAUGUCGGUAUUUAGGUAUUUACGUAGGAAAAAAUACUGUCAACUGUUAAGGUUCUGUUAUAAAUAUAAUCAUCUAGACUUCAAGAUUCAGUUAGAAACUCUGUAUGAAUGAACUUAAAAAAUGAAUAUAAUUUCAAAGUAGAUAACUACUUAGAAAUAUUAAGAAGAAAAAAUCCACUCUAAGAUAUGUGUGUCACUCAGAUGGCCCAAGUGUGACAUCUUGUUGUCCAAAAUAUUUCUUUUGUUAAAAUGAUGCCUCAAGCUGUUUAAACAAGAAAAAUAAACGAGCGUAAGCAAUACAAGCUGUGCUCUUGUCAUUCUGAAUGUUAACAUGCAAAAGCUUGCUGUGUGGUUGAGAGUGGGCUAAGUGGUAUACGGGUCUGCCUCUCACCCAAGAGGUUGUGGGCUCUAUUCAUAAUAGGGGUACUUUUUCAUGAACCCUCAAAAUGGACACCAGUGCUGGUAUCUACCCAGGAAAUGGAUCAUGAUUCUAUAAGUUGUCAGCUUGUGUCACAAUCAAGGUAAAAGAAAUCAAUAUAAAUACAAGCCUUUGCCCAAAAAGCAACAAUUUGUUAUAUGUUUUUGUUAGAAGAGUUUUAUGUGUAACAUAUGACAAGGUCAAAAUUAUUUAAGACCACCGGCACAUAUCUUCUUUGUCUUUCUGAGUGAACAAGUUUUUGUUUUAAUUGCAUAUGAGAAUUUAAAAAAGAAAUCAAUUCCUUUUGUGUUACUUAACUUCUUGUUUAUUUUGCUCAACUGCCCAUAUUUAUGCGCAUUGUCAUUUGACUGAAAACUAUGUAUAUUGUAUAUGUAAUGGUGUGUUGGUGUCCAUUGCAUUUCAUAUUGUGCCUCAAUGUGUUUGCCUUUUAUAUAGAUCUGAAUCUAUUUUGUUGAUUUUCAUUUGUUUGCUUACAGUAUGUAACAAUUAUAUUCAAUAAACUUCCAAAUUGUGGAA